AUGACGCGACGGCUUGCGAUUGAAAAAACCGGAAGUGACGUUCCGACGCCGAAACACGGAAAUGGAAAAGGAAAGAGGCUUGACACGCUGGGCGUCACCAUCUUCAUGGUGAUAGCCCGCGAAAAUCAAAGCCGAAAAGCAAGCAUUUUCACCCCAGGAGGGGUACAUAUAGCAGGAACCAGUACAAGAAGGUAACAGACUUUUUCACAUCCAGCUGAGGAAGCCUUUACGGCGAAACGCGUCCUGGGAAUUUUGUGAGCUAUAAGACUUUUGAUUUACUGGACUUUUUUAUGCCAUUAUAGUGAUUUUUGUAUAUAUAAUUUUUUAUAUUUAAUUGCACUUUUAUUGUAUAUAUAGUCAAUAAAGUUUAUAUUUUGGAGAUACACUAUUGGCAUUUUCCUGCUAUUAACAAAGAAGGAGUGUGGUCCUUAAUCCACAUAAGCUAUUGGAUCAGAGCCGAUGUGGAUGGCUCUGGGUUUGUAAGUACCCUAUUUCCCUUUCUAUUAUACACACAUUCAGCCUACGUUAUUGCACCAGAGGUAUUUCCCUUUAUACAUUCCAGAAUACAAGAAAGGAAGAGUUAAAAGAAGGGAUAAGAGUCGCCUCUACGGACUCUGAAAGCGCUUCAAUUGAGCUAUACCCUUUUAGCUCCUAAAAGUGUGAGUGGGACCAUUGUAUAUUUCUACCACACCUUACACUAUUACAGAUUUGCACUAUGUUUGUAUUUUUCUGUUUAUGCUUUUAGGAAAUUCCUAUAAAGGAUUAUUGUGAAUUAUAUAAACAGAAGGUAUCUCUUAAAUAUUUUGGUGUUCAUCACGGGGCAUUAUUUCUCCACUUUGAUUAUCCAUUUGUAUAUAGCGCUUCACCCAUACACCGGUUUUCACUGUAUUCUUGAAAGAUAAGAUUGGGGUGUUACAGCAGCAGAAAAUUAGUGGUAUCUUUGAUAUUACUAUAAUAUAUUUUAUCUAUUAUCAGCGCUGGUACUUUACCUGUUUACUGGACAUGCUAUGUCCAAGUGACAAGUUCUGUGGUCUAUACAAAUGACUAAUCUUUGCUGCAUGCAGUAAAGUGGUCUAAAAAGACCUUGUUAGCAGAGAAGGAUAGCUGAUAUGAAUAGUCUUAGUGGUAAGGAUAGUAGCAAUGUCUUAAAGGAUACAUUGUAACAAGUAUAAGAGAAACUUAGAUAACAAAGGAAAAAUAAACUAGCAUAAACGGUCAAACAGUAUGGCAGUGUUGAAACAGUUUCUAACUUGUGCACAUUGAUACUAAGCUCUCAGCCCCCACAUAGUAGACUUACCAGCUGCCUGCAUAGUGCAAAUUAACAUAUAGACACUAACCAGCUACCCCUGCUGCUUCAAGGCAGCCUAUGUCCACUAUCCAGCUAACACUGCUGCUUCAAGGCAGCCUAUCUGAUAAGUCCCAAAGUACUGACUUGAACUUAGCAUUAAGACACUAAAAAAUCAUGGCAAACAAAGAAAGUCUACCCCGGGAUAAAGUUAAAAAACAUAAUAGUGCAUCGGCAUAGAGCUUGACGCGCUUUUCGGUGAGAAUGACUGCCUUUCUCAAGAGCUGGUAGGCAUCUGAACAGUAUCUGUUAUAAGGGAAAAGGGGGAAGUGAAACUCGUCCCUCGCUUGGAAACCAACCAAUAGCGUGAACAGGGAAGUAGACUGUGGGAGGUUCAAACCUCUCCUCCGAUCUCCACCUGGUAUUAGCAUGUUGCACACACACAUGGCAAAAUUAGGUGUGUUUACAUUCCGAUAUAGUUACUAAGUGGUAUAGAGGAGGGGUCUAUUUUCCAUCCCUGCAUGGUAAAUCCCAGGUAAAGUAAACCAUCAAGCAAUCAAAGGAUUGGGUUACUUGAUGGUGAAAAGAUUUUUACCGCGGAGUAGGGUAGCCCUUAAAUUAUGGGAUAACAAAUAGUGAGUUUGUCAUCCCAUGCCUCACAUGGUUUGGACCCAGUGUGCAGACGAGUUUUAUCAAUGGGUGAAAAGGAUCUCUCAUUAAAUGAAGAGUAUACUGUAAAGCCAUACACUGUAUAUAAAUAUAUAUAUAUCAUCAACUAAUGAAGAAAAAAAAAGGGUAAAUCUACUAAGUGAAUAAUUUUUCCAAGGAACGGGGCCGUCUGUGAGGGGGAAAGUGCCGACUUCUGUCUGUUCUCUACGAAACCCAAGGAUUCCAGAAAGUGAACAACAAAUUUUGUUUGCAAUCGUAGCCUGGAUGGGGUUUUGCAGACGAUUAGGGAUCUCUUCAUCCACGAGAAGGUCGUGCUCCCGUGACAUGCGUAACAGGGUUGGAGGAGAGGUUUGGAUCGGUUGUGAGUAGAACUCCAUGAUGUAACCCUGCACCGUUUGUAAAAUCCAUGCGUCUCCCGAGAUUGCUCUCCAAUUCUGAAAAAAAAAAAGACAGGUUGCCAGCAGUACAGUUGGAAACAAGAAGGCCAGAAAUGGGACCCACCUGUAGCGAAAUGUCCACGACCUCUGCCUCUGGUUCCUCUGGCUCUAUCUGAGCCUCUGUAGUAUGAGGACCUCUGUGCAGUGGUCGGGUAGAAGUUGGAUGAAAGAGGAUAGGAUCUGAAGCCUGUAGACCAGAAUCGGCUGGUGGUUCGGCUCCGUUGCCAACCAGCCCUCCCAAAAACAUCCCUGUUAGGUGGGGCAAGAAAAAAACAGUUUGAGCGAUCAUUGCACCUUACUUAAAGGGACACUAUAGUCACCAGAACAACUACAGCUCAUUAUAUUUGUUCUGGUGAGUUGAACUUAUUACCUUGAGGCUUUUUGCUGUAAGCACUGUCUUUUCAGAGAAAAUGCAGUGUUUGCAUUACAGCCUAACUUCACUGGCCACUCCUCAGAUGGCUGUUAUAGAUCCUUCCUGGGUCAUGGCUGCCAUCCAAACAUUCAGUGUCUCCUCCCUCUGUAUGCAGACACUGAACUUUCCUCAUAGAGAUUCAUUGAUUCAAAUCAUCUUUUUGAGGAGAUGUUGUUUGGCCAGGGCUGUGUCUGACUUGUGCUGGCUCUGCCCCUGAUCUGCCUCUUUGUCAGUCUCAGCCAAUCCUAUGGGGAAGCAUUGUGAUUGGAUCAGGCCACCACUUCUGGUGAUGUCAGAGGAAGUUCACAGGCAGAGGCAGCAGCUUCAGACUUGAAUACAGGUAAGAUUUUACUAUAUUUAGGGAGGCAAAGGGAGCUAAGAGGGCUAGAUAGUGGUUUUAACACUAUAGAAUCAGGAAUACAUGUUUGUGUUCCUGAACCUAUAGUGCUCCUUUAAGGUCAUAAACAGGUUGAUGUGCUUUUCCAAUUGGGCAAUGAAAGGUUCCCAGAAGAGAAGACCUUUUGCCAGGGGCCUGAGCUCGUUUGAUCCUAAUUCCAGCAAUUUCGUGUCAAUUCUUAGCAGAGCUUGCAUUUUUGGUUUUAGUGGGAUGGCAUGGAUUCGGCUGAGACAGGAGGAGGGUGAGAGUCUGGAGUUCAUCCACUAGAGAAACUCAUUGUGACAGUAGUCACCAUCACUUGGAGCAUAAGAUGUGCACUUCAUGUAGGUCCCCCUAACUUAUGUUUAAGUUACCCUGUGCACAUUUUAUGUUCAGGGUUUGUUUGUAUUGUAUUUAUGAAAUGUUUUCUCUCCUGUCCUGCUGAUGCUCUCUACCAACUAGGUGGAUUUUGCUAUGGAGUCUGUACAGCGCCACCUCUUGGUUGUUAAUGAUCUUGCAAGCCUGUACAGUGCUAUCUGUUGGUUGCGAAGAUUAUGCAGCAGGUAAAUGCAGCGACACCUGUUCAUUGUAACUGUUAUGUGCACUACCUGAAAGGCAAUACUCAAUAAUUUGCAUAUGCAGGUAGAUUUGCAUAUUAUGGUUUCUUCCGCUACACUCAUUCAAAGGUAAAUAUAUAUGUUCUUUUAAUUUUCAAGUUUAAGGCAGACGUGAUUUUUGCCUAGGUAUUGGGCAUUCUUUUUGUAGCUUAUAUUUGCCAUUAAAUUGAUAUUAUAGUUUUCUGACACUAUAGUGCUAAACUAACUAUUUAGGUCCCUACGCCCCUUGCAUCUCUUAUCUCAAUCUUGAUGAUCUCAGCCAAGCAAAUUCUUUCCCAUAGGAAAGUAUUGGGAGACUAUUGGGAGACUAUUGUUCAUGCGCGACAAAAUGUGUCAUACAAACAAUGCAUCUCUAUGAGGAAUUUUCAGCCCCUCCAUGCAUAGGGUGGAGACGCUGAAUGCCAGUGCUGCAUAAUGUGUAUCACUGGACUAGGAAGCACCUCUGAGUGUCUGCCACUAAAGGUGUUUCUAGGCAGCAAUGUUAUCACUACUGUUUGCAGUGCUAGCACUGAAGAGACAUGUCAUAGACACUAGAAAAACUACAUUGAGCUGUAGUGGUCCUAGUGACUAUAUUGUCCCAUUAAGUAAAUGGAGUGUGUAAUAACUUAAAAUGUAUUCCCAAAACUUUAACCCCUUAAGGACCAAACUUCUGGAAUAAAAGCGAAUCAUGACAUGUCACACAUCAUGUGUCCUUAAGGGGUUAAAGACAUCUAAAAGAGCAUGCCCUUGGCAUUUUUAUUUAAACCAUGUGGUAUGUAUAUUUACUGAGUAGCAAGACUCUCAAUCAGUUAGAAAUUAUCCUUUGUAAUUCUUGUCUAAGGAAAGACAGAGUUGACUAGUUUAAAAAAUAACAAGUGCACACUAUGUGGGGCAUGGAGAAAAUACACCAGUACACCAGGAGGCAGAAAGGAAAUCAUUUAUUUGUAAAAUAAAAGGGACUUUUUGCAUAUUUAUCAAAGUGUGCAUUUCUAACUAAUGUUUUAAGAAAUGCUGACCCAAUUUCUGAAAUAUGUUGGAUUUUUCACUACCAUUUUUGCCCUGUGCUAAAAACGGAUCUGGAUGAAAUCCAUUUGUUAUAACUCUCAAUGCGUUAAGACUAAAAUGUAACUUUGUAGCCUUUCGUAAAUAUAGCCUUGGUGUCAAAUUUCUUUUAUCUAGAUUUUCUACAGAUGGUAACCAGAAAAUAGGGUAUUUGGGUGAAGAUUGUAGAAUUUAAUGAACAUGUACAAAUGUUGUGUUCUCCCCCUGUCAAAUUCUGUCUGCCUGCAAUGAGGCCGGUGUAAUACAACACAGGAAAGCUGAACCGCAAGCCGGAACGCAGCUGGAACGCAAGCUGGAACGCACGGAUAUGACGCGACGGCUUGCGAUUGAAAAAACCGGAAGUGACGUUCCGACGGCGAAACCCGGAAAUGGAAAAGGAAAGAGGCUUGACACGCUGGGCGUCACCAUCUUCAUGGUGAUAGCCCGCGAAAAUCAAAGCCGAAAAGUAAGCAUUUUCACCCCAGGAGGGGUACAUAUAGCAGGAACCAGUACAAGAAGGUAA